GGAACACAGUUUCGGGAGAGCAAGAGUAACAAGUCUGUCUGAGCUGGGCGUAGAGGAAUUUAACCUGUUACCGUGGACGGCACAUUUCGUUAUAAUUGUUCUACCUUGUUUUUUCUCUAGUGUUUCAGACAUUUUAAAUAGCCAGUCAAGAUGUCUUUCUUGGACGAUUCCUCCUCCACCAAAGUGACUCGCGUCUCCAGGACAUACAAUGUCUACCGAGGAUCAUCUCCCUCAUCACAGAACAGAUUAGAGGGAAGAAUCAGGGAGCUUGAAGAUGCGCUCGAUGGCGAAAGAGACAUGCGUCUUAGGUUUGAGAAACAGUGCGCCGAAUAUUCCUUCCAGAUCGAACAGCUCUCAGACAGACUCGAGGAAACCGGCGGUGCAUCCAGCAUCCAGGCGGAAAUGGUACGAAAGAAAGAUACAGAAAUUACAAAGAUGAGGAAAGAGAUAGAACUGAUAACUAUCCAAUUUGAAAGCCAAGAAGCUAGCUUGAGAAAGAAAUAUACUGAACAAACGAACGACCUCUCUGACCAAAUUGAUUAUCUCUCCAAAACCAAGACCAGAGUAGAGAAAGAAAAGAGCCAGCUUCUCGUUGAGAUCGACAACUUGCAAGGAAUCAACGAAGCUCUUUCCAAGGGCAAGGCCUCUGCAGAUGCUAAGGUAGAAGGUCUUGAAGGAUCAUUGGCCAGACUUAAGGCCCAGGUCGAUGACCUCACCAGACAAUUGAACGACGCCAAUGCCACUAAAGCCCGUCUUACAAAGGAGAACUUUGACUUGCAGCACGUCAACCAGGAACUGGACAGUGCCAACGCUGCCCUUGCCAAGGCUAAACAACAACUCCAACUCACAUUGGACGACCUCAAGAGAAACCUUGAUGACGAAUCCAGGCAAAGACAGAAUCUUCAGGUACAGCUUGCUGCUCUCCAGGCCGACUACGACAACCUUAACGCCCGUUACGAAGAAGAAUCCGAGAAUGCCUCUAUGUACAGACAACAGUACAGCAAACUGCAGACUGAAUUCUCUGCCGUCAAGACCAAGUUGGAGAAGGAUUUGAUGACCAAGACUGAGGAAUACGAAGAACUCAGACGCAGAUUGAGUGUAAAGAUCCAGGAACUCGAGGAUAUGGUGGAACAACAGAGACAGAGAGCUGCUAACCUUGAGAAGGCCAAGAACAGGUUGACAGUUGAACUCCGUGAAGUCACCAUCGAACUCGAAAACACACAGAUCAUCGUCCAGGACCUUACCAAGAGAAACAGACAGUUGGAGAACGACAAUGCCGCCCUCCUGAAACAGGUUGCCGACCUCACUGCUGAGAACCAAGCUCUCCGUGCCGAUAAGGCUGCGCUUGAACAGGAAGUGUACAGACUCAAGGUCGCAAAUGCUGAACUCGCUGAGAAGAACGCCAACUUGGAACGAGAGAAUAAAGCACUUUCGGACCAACUUCGUGAAGCCAACAACGCCUUGAAGGACGCUAACAGAAGAAUCAAUGACUUGACCUCCGCAAACGCCGCUCUUACCGCUGAACGCGACAAUCUCGCCGCAGCCCUCCGUGACACAGAGGACGCACUUAAAGACGCAGAGAACAAACUUGCAAACGCCAAUGCUGCCCUCCAGGCCCUCCGUGCCGAAAUGGAACAGAGACUCCGCGAAAAGGACGAGGAAAUUGAAGCUGUCAGAAAGAGCGGCCAGCGCGCCAUUGAAGAGCUCCAGCGCACCCUGGUGGAGGUUGAGACCCGCUACAAAUCCGAGAUCUCUCGUAUCAAGAAGAAAUACGAAACCGACAUCCGUGAACUCGAAGCUGCCCUCGACAACGCCAACAGAGCUAAUGCUGAAUAUCUUAAACAGAUCAAAUCACUCCAGGCCAGAAACAAGGAACUUGAAGCGGCCCUUGAUGACUCUAACCGCCUUUUGGACGACUGCCGCGGUCAACUUUCCGUCUCUGAGAGGAAGCGCAUUGCCUUGGCAACCGAACUCGAGGAUGUUAGAACACUUCUUGAAUCUGCCGAGAGAGCCCGCAAGAACGCCGAAAACGAACUCCACGACACCACCGUCCGCCUGUCUGAAGUCACCGUGCAAGUCACUGCCCUCACAAACGACAAACGCCGCAUGGAAGCCGACAUUGCUGCCAUGCAAUCCGAUCUUGACGACGCCCUCAAUGGCCGCAGCGCUGCCGAAGAACGUGCUGACAGACUGCAGGCCGAAGUUCACAGACUCGCCGAGGAACUCAGACAGGAACAGGAGAACUACAAGAACGCCGAAUCUCUCCGUAAGCAACUCGAGGUUGAAAUCAGAGAAAUCACCAUCAGACUUGAGGAAGCUGAAGCCUUCGCUACAAGAGAAGGCAAGAGACAGAUUGCUAAACUUCAAGCCAGGAUCCGUGACUUGGAAGCUGAAUAUGAAGUUGAACAGCGUCGUGCACGUGAGGCUCAAGCUGGUAUGCGCAAGGUUGAACGCCAGUACAAAGAACUGUUGGCCCUUAUGGAGGACGAUAAGCGCCGCAUUGCUGAGCUCUCCAGCUUGAACGACUCUAUGACUCUCAAAAUCAAGACCUACAGAAGACAGAUCGAUGAGGCGGAAGAGGUAGCCAAUAUUGCCAUGAACAAGUACAGAAAAGCCACCUCAUUAGUAGAAGAGGCUGAAUCCCGUGCCGAUAACGCCGAGAAGAACUUACAGGUUGUCCGCCGUUCUAGAUCAAUGUCCGUUUCCAGAGAAAUUCACCGAGUUGUUAGAGUGUAAAUUUUAGAGUUUUAUAAAAGACAUUUUUUUCCAAUUUUAAAGAUCUUUCGGAUCAAAAACAUUGCAAGUUGUGUAGAUGUUUACUAUGAAUGUGACUUCAUGAGAAUCCCCCGUUAUGAAAAGGCUAUCUAUUAUAUUUGUUGAACAAAUUAACAAGUUGGUGUUCUGCAAGAUACGUGCUCAAUAUCUCUCUUCAAUUCUACAUCGGCGCAAGACUUGUUCCCAGCAUUCUAUCAACAAAGGGAAAUAAAGAAUUACUUCUCUGGAACGGACGGCACGAUCAAAGUUAUUAGUACCAGCUACCAGACAUGCGCCGAUGACGUCAUCAGCCAUAAUGCUUCAUCGAUGUUUCCAUGCAUGCGUUAAAGACAAGGAAUUAUAUUGACGAUCUUAACAUUUGUGCAUAUUAUAUUGUUAUGAAAACUUUUAAUGUGGGAAAAUUCACUCAAGAUGAAUUUCUCAGAGUAGGCCGUGUGCAAUAAAGAUAUAGAUAUUUAUUUUGUUUGCGAUUUGUGAUACAAUGGAAAGUCUUGGAUCUGAUGUUGUAUGUAUUUAUUUUUGUUAUUAUUUACAUUAUUAUAGUUGAGAUAAUGCUUGAAUGGUUAAAGACAUGAGAUAUAAUAUUGUACAGACCUGGGAUGUUAAAGUCGUUGAUAAGUAUCUCCUUGUCUCCGUUUGGUCUCCUCUCUGCUUCCGGUUCAUCACGUGUCAUGUUCCGUGACGUGACAUAUUGUUGCGACAUCAUUAUCAUCUAACAUUUGUUUUCUUAUUUAAAAAAGACUACUCUAUUGAAUUAUUUUCGGUUUUGAUGGGUAAAUAAGGAAGUUUUCAAUGUCAGUCUCUCGCAAAUCAAAGAAUUUAUGUCUGCGUACAUAAAAUGUCAUUGAAUUUUUGCAGAGAUAAAAAUAAAUCGUAUGUUGCUGCUUUAAAA